UUCUUUUUUCUUUUUUAAAUAUAUAUACCAUCUCUUUUCAUCUAAUAACAAUUCAUUAUUUUCUAUAUUCUUCAAGACAUACUAUAAUACAAUGGGGAUUAACUGGUUAUUACUCGUCAGUCGUCAAGGAAAAGUUCGUUUAACAAAAUGGUUUGUGACUAUUCCACCAAAGGAAAAGGCAAAGAUUGUGAAGGAUGCUACACAAUUGGUAUUGGCAAGGAGGGUGAAAAUGUGUAAUUUUCUGGAAUAUAAAGACCAAAAAAUUGUUUAUAGAAGAUAUGCAAGUUUAUUCUUUGUGGCGGGUAUCAAUCAAGACGAUAAUGAACUGAUUACUUUGGAAAUUAUUCACCGUUACGUAGAAAUCUUGGAUCGUUAUUUCGGCAACGUUUGUGAAUUGGAUUUAAUCUUCAAUUUUCAAAAGGCCUACUUUAUACUAGAUGAAUUGAUUAUAGCUGGUGAACUACAAGAAACAAGCAAAAAGUCAGUAUUACGGGUCAUUACUCAACAGGAUCAAUUUGAAGAACAAGAAGGAACUGAAGUCAAGUCAGGAUAAAUACCAUCAUUUCCUGUAGAAUAUUAGUAUAUUAUCAUCAUUCAUUAUCAUGUAUCAUCCCUCUCGAAUUUUUCUCUUUAUUCUUCAAGUUGACUUUUUAAAACAAUAAAGAAUAAAACUGUACCCCAUACCACCAAUGCAAAUAAUUCGAUCUACAAUGACUCCAAAAUGACUCAUUACUGAGUUUAAAUCUAUCAAGA